AUGCCCUCCACGAAACUAAAGCGUUGGUCUCCCAUGGCGUGUCUUCCCGUGGCAGCAUUGACUCCGUCCGGAUUGUUGGAAAUGGACGUCAAAGACGGCGAAGUGGAAUUGAUGCGUCGAGGAGACAUGGAACUCCGCUCGGACAUGGCCGAUCCCAUGGUCCCCUUGAGCAGCGACGGCAGUGGUGCCGCUUCCACAUCUGGCUUGAAAUGGAUUGAUCGCGAUGACAAUCUACAAGUCUCCUUGACGACGCAUCGCAUCGUCUUUUUUGAAACUGAUACUUCUGACAAUCAACGCAAUGCCCGUUUUUUGCACUUGUCCCAUCUCCAUCAAGUCACCAGCGUGGCGGGGGGCAUGAUGAGCGCCUUUUCGGCACCUCGCUUGACUUUGCAUUCGUACAUGGGAGACUUGUUGCUCAUUUUUCGAGAGUCGGGAGCCGCCAAGGAUCGAGACGAUUUGCUCAAAUUUCUGCAACGAGCUAUGGAACGCAAGGCGUGGGAAACACAGCAACGAUUGCAAGAAAAGAAUCGAGCCUCACAGGCCAUUGCCUCUCGAAAAGUGGGAGUGGACGCCAUCAUCACCAAAUCCAAUCUCCGACACAAGGAAGCUGCACGGUUAACUGAAGAUGCGUUCAAAGGAGACGCGGAAACCUUGCUGAGAGAAGCAGCACAAUUGGUAAAGGUCAUUCAAAAGUAUGCAACUACCUUGGAAAAGGGGGAACUGGGAGAAGGAGAAGACACGACACGACUUUCCGACAUGAUGGAAAACAUGGGCAUGACCAGUGCCCUCUCACGACAAAACUAUAGAGGAGGCACUUCUUCUUCCGGGGUGGCAGAUGAUUACACCACAACCCUCGCACGACAACUCGCCGAUUUUUUACGUCCCCGUUUGAAAGCGUGCGGAGGGCUCAUGACGCUGACGGACAUUUAUUGCAUUUACAAUCGAGCGCGAGGGACCAAUCUGAUUUCUCCCGAGGAUUUGUUGGAUGCCGCGGGGUGUAUGAAGAGUCUCAGAUUGGGCAUGUCCGAACGGACGUUUCCCAGUGGUGUCAAGGUCGUGCAAAGUGACAAUUUUGAUGAUACCCGCAUGGCGAUUCGAUUGAAGGAAUUGGCCGAAGAACAACUCACGGUUCGCACUAGUAGUAGUGCCAAUGGUGAUGAAGGGUUGACCGCCAUGCAAGUCUC